GCUCCCGCCCUUCCCCCGCCGGCGCCCGGUGCUGCGCGGUGGGCUGGCGCUGGGGUAUUUACGGUAAAGUGGACCCAGCGGUGGCAGCUCGGUGUCAGGUGAUCGGCGUUGAGGAGCCGUUGCCGCCGCCCGGGGAGGAAAAUGCAAGAUGGCCCAGCGGGGCCGUGAGGGGCUCCGAGGCGCCCCUUCCCCGCCCGCCGCCGCCGCCUCCCCGGCGCGUAGGGCCGGCGGGAAGCGCUGAGGCCAACCCCGCCGCGCCACAGCCCGUCCCCGGCGGGGGCACCGAGCCAUGGGGCUCUGCUACAGCCUGCGCCCGCGGCUCUUCGGCGACGCCGGCGGUGGCUCCAUCUCCAGCACCGGCGCCGCCUCGGAGCCCGAAGCGCCGGCGGAGCCUCACGCCGCCCCGCAGCCGCAGCCCCUCGGCGCCCCGCUCCGGCCCGGCGGUAAGCCCGGCGGGGAGGCGGACGGGCCGCCGCUGCUGCUGCAGAACGGCGGCGGUAACGGGGCGGCCCCCGAGCGGCCGCCGCUGCCCAAGGCCGGCGGCCCCGGCGGCGGGGGGAAGGCGGCGCGGCAGCAGGCGCUGCACCAGCCGCCGGCGCUGCAGAGAACCUGGGAGAAGCUGCGCCUGGAGGAGCGGGAGGCGGAGAAGGAGGCGAGGAAAGUCAGCAAGAGCAUCGACCGGGCGCUCAAGGAGCAGAAGCGGGAGUACAAGCAGACGCACCGCCUGCUGCUGCUGGGGGCUGGUGAGUCAGGAAAAAGCACUAUUGUGAAACAAAUGCGAAUCCUACAUGUCAAUGGAUUUAAUUCAGAAGAAAAGAAACAGAAAAUACUGGAUAUUCGGAAAAAUGUUAAAGAUGCGAUUGUGACUAUAGUUUCAGCUAUGAGCACUUUAAUACCCCCGGUUCCAUUGGCCAACCCAGAAAACCAAUUUCGAAUGGACUACAUCAAGAGUAUAGCUCCUCUUUCUGACUUUGACUAUACAAAGGAAUUCUUUGAGCAUGCGAAAAAGCUCUGGGAUGAUGAAGGCGUAAAGGCAUGCUUUGAGAGGUCAAACGAAUAUCAACUGAUUGACUGUGCACAGUACUUUUUAGAAAGAAUUGACAGUGUCAGCAUGGAUGACUACACACCUACAGAUCAGGACCUGUUAAGAUGCAGAGUGUUGACAUCAGGGAUUUUUGAAACAAGAUUUCAAGUAGAUAAAGUAAAUUUCCACAUGUUUGAUGUAGGUGGCCAGAGAGAUGAGAGAAGAAAAUGGAUCCAAUGCUUUAAUGAUGUCACAGCUAUCAUCUUCGUUGUGGCCUGCAGCAGCUACAACAUGGUAAUAAGGGAAGACAAUAACACAAACAGACUACGAGAAUCCCUGGACCUUUUCAAAAGUAUCUGGAAUAAUAGGUGGUUACGGACCAUUUCUAUCAUUUUGUUCUUGAAUAAACAGGACAUGCUGGCUGAAAAAGUCUUGGCAGGGAAAUCAAAAAUCGAAGAUUACUUUCCUGAAUACGCGCAUUAUACUGUACCUGAGGAUGCAACACCAGAUGCAGGAGAAGACCCCAAAGUCACAAGAGCCAAGUUCUUCAUCCGGGAUGAGUUUUUAAGGAUAAGUACGGCGAGCGGAGACGGCCGGCAUUACUGCUACCCCCACUUUACAUGUGCAGUGGACACAGAAAAUAUCCGCAGGGUGUUCAACGACUGUCGAGACAUCAUUCAAAGGAUGCAUCUCCGCCAGUACGAACUCUUGUGAGGGGGCUCACCGUGGAACCUGUGGUUUUAAAUUCUUUGCUCCUUACUCUUUCUCUUGAUACUACCCCACACAGGGUGGAGGAAUAUACUAUAGAAUUGUCAGUCUCUUCACUUUGUUUACUUUAAUUAUUUAACCUUAAAGCUGAUUUGAAGCAAGUUUGGGUUGGUUUUCCUUCAUGCUUUUUAGGACUAUUUUUGUGCUUUAUUUUGACAUGCCACUUCUUCGUCAUUCCACUAAGCCCUUCGGCUACCUCUGUUCCCGUAGGUUUUGUGUUUUCAACUGAAUGUGACCUGCUAAAUUUUUUCCAGCAGGUUAACGUCAGUGCAAACUGGUAUGUCAGCUGGAUGACACUAAAGUCAUAGCUUAUCCCUCUGUGUGGGUUUCCUUUUUAACAUGACAUUGAAGAGUACUUGAUGGGUGAAAAAAAAAGAUUAAUGCACUUUGUAUCAGGUUAUUAAAUACUGUUGAGGAAGUAGACACACAAUGUAGCAGCACCACAAUAUUUAUUACUCUGUCACAGUUUUUAGCAUUUCUGAGUUGCAGGUCAACUGAUAAAGUGACCUCCUCUUUUAAGCCGUUACUGGCGCAGGAAGUAGAGUAGAUAAUGAGAGGAAAAGUGAAGACAAAGCAAUUUUUCUGGGGUUUUGGAGCUAAGUGUCUCUGCACACCUCAGGCAUUUGAAUUACAGCUACUUUUCAGCCUGUUGCAUCUAGGCAGAAAAUUUACCACCCUCACUUACGUUAUUUGUGCUGUCCACAAAUGAUCCUUUUAGUUCAGAUCAUUCUUGGACAACAGUCCUCUCCCUAUAUAUAUUUUUUUGUUUUACUGCUGGUUUAUUAUAUUGUACAGACUGUAAAAUGUAAUAUUAUUUUGUACAACUUUAUUGAAGAAAAAUACUUGUAGAAGAUCUUUGUGCCUUGAUUAUGGCUGUACCUGUAAAAUGAGCUAAGAUGUAAGUAUGUUUUUGAUUGCGCUGUACAGCUUGAUGUCAACCUUACCUGCAGCAGUGACUGGAGGUAAGAACUUUAUCUGUAGAGUUUAGGGGUUUUUUUCUGGUUUAUAUAAAAAUGCUCUUUAGUAUAAAAAUUAUAAAUUAUGCAAAUUAACCACUUACCUUUCCAAGUAAGGUGUUACAGUCACCGGAUGUUGCAGCAAACAUGCCUUUCUCUUUUGAAGUCUCAGCUUUAAAACAUUGGAAUUCAUUCAAGUGUCCAAAUUGCAACCUGGUGUUGUUUUAAUGGGAACCAAGGAUUUCAGUUUCUUCUUUUUUCCUUUCGAUUUAGAAAAUAUGUUUGGUAAUUCUUCGGUCAUUCAUAGAACUUCACAAUUGCACAGACCAAUUGUGAAUGUGUAAAGCACCAUUAUAUAGAGCUCUUCAAUCUUUGUACCAACAGCGGCUUUCAUUGUGCAAGUAAAUAGCGAGAAAGAAGAAAAAAAACACUAAAAAAAAGGUGUAUAAACCCUUGUGUCUGGCCUAAGAGAAUUACAAGAUGACAUUUUUAUUUCUCUUUUAAUAAAGAGACACAUUAGAAAAUG